AUGCCGCGGGCCCCGGGGGCCGGCGGGGGGCCGCGCGGCUCCCGGUGCCGCGGCACCUCCCUCGCGGCCACCAGCCGGCGACCACCUCGCCGAACCAUCAAGGGGCACGGGGGGAGGAAGCAGUGGAUCUGGGGGGCGCUCGCGGUGUUUCGGGAGGCGUCGGAGCCGCGCGCGCAGACCGGCAUCAUCCCCUACAGCGCCGCCAUCAGCGCCUGCGGCGCAGGCAGGCAGUGGCAGCUCGCGGCACUGCUGCUGGAAGAGAUACGGGAGGUGGGGCUUGAGCAGGACCGUCUGAUCUAA